UGAGUGGUGCAUUCUGCAACAGCUUUCACAUGAGAAAGACUGUGAGACACACUGUGCGAAUGGAUUUAGGCUGGAGCCGAGCAGACCGCUUUCUAUGAAAAUACGCGAACUAAAUUGUCUCGUAAUGGAUUCAAACAGACAAGUUUGCAACUGGAUCUCUUAUACCGUGCUUCUUUUUGGAUACAUGACUGCGGCCAUACUUCCUGGAAAGAAUCCGACAAUUGGCUUCAACCUUGAAUGUACGUACGACUUUGACCAGGUGAUGCAGUGUGAGCUGGAGCUGCAAAACUGCACUGAGUACAGCAUGACUCUCCAAGUCCAAGACAAGUAUGCCCGUGAGGAGAACUGCGCUGUACAACAGUGUGGCAUUGGAAAGUGUUGUUGCUCCUUCAAACUGAUGCGUGUGUUAGGAGAAGCUCUCACAGCAAAAGUCUGGAAAGAUGGCAACAUCAUGGAGUCAAAAGCUAUCAAUGUCAUGGAGAGCAUAAAACCAAAAACUCCAACAAUCAAAUCAGUCAAUGAACUCGAAGGGAAUUUUGAAGUCAAGUGGACGUCAAACAUGAAGGGAUUUUUAAACAAUGAAAUGACUGCUGUGGUGACUUACUAUAAAAAAGGAGAAACAGAAAAGACAUCUGGACCUUUCAAACCAGCCACAGUUGAUGAACUAAAUUACUAUGUAAUAAAAGGUCAAGACCUGGAUCCCAGUUCAGCAUAUGUGGUCAGUGUGAAAAGCUUCUUAAGUCUGAGUGGCAAGUUCAGUGACAGUAGCAAAGAGUGGGAAUUUCAAACAGGUCCUUCCCGCCACAACCUGAUGUUGGUUAUCAUUAUCACCCUCAGCAUUGCUGCAGUCAUCCUCAGCGUUGCUAAAUAUGGCUGUUAUGCAAAGUUGAGAAAAAUCUAUUACGAUGCAGUUCCGAAAACUACAAAUCCCUCUUUUCUUAAUAUUAAUCCAAGUGAGCAGAAGGUGAGACAGGUCUUGAAACUUGAACCCAUCAUUACCAUCCCCAUACAUGUUGAGACCCUUAUUCCAGAUGACAGUGAACUGGGGUCGAAGAUGUCAUUGACAGACACAAGCUGUGGAAGCCUUCAGCAAAGCAGUGGGGUCCGCACGGGUUCCUCUGAUCUAAGUUAUACAAAUACUGAAAGCCCCGUUGCUGUGAAUGGAGAAUCUUCUAUUGCUAAAGCUGCUAAGAAUGAGCUCUGUAAAAUAUUCCCAAAUAUUUGCCCAAUAUUACCAGUGAGCACCAGUCUCCCAACACAGUCAAACAAUACACAAGGAAGUGAAUUAUUCUCUGAAACAAGUUCUGGAGUAUCUGCAUUUGAAAAUAAAACCUAUCACUUCCUUCUUCCUGGCUGUUUACAUCAGACUAUGACAGACAACUUAAACACCCAGGGGACGGCUGAAAUGCUUUGUGACUCUAUUUACCAUCCCAGUAACAGUGGAAUGGAGAGAUGUUCGGAUCACCAGAUACCAGCUUGUCAAGUUCCUGCACAACUAAGUGGUAUUUCACCAUCAGUGGUUUCACCUCUUCUAUCAACAGACAUGUCCUAUCAUGAGGUCCCCAUAUGUGUGCCGAUAGGGUCACACAGUUUUCUUGCAGUGGAUGACGACUAUCAGGAAAUUCCAAGUUUGGUGAGGCAGCCUGAUGCUUCGCUUUUAGAGCACAGAAAUACUGAGCAUAAGGAACAUUUGGACAAGUCGGAGGAGGAGUCACUUAGAAACAGCCCUGAAAGCAUCUUAAGCCCAGUUGUUCCAGUUCAGGAUGGGCAGCGUGUCUCUGAACUCCAAGUACCCACCUGUUUUAUAUCUACUAACUGCUCUGUACCAAUAAUCACAGAGAGUGGCUAUCAAAGUGUGUAGUGUUGUGACCAUAACUUCAGUUUUAGCUCUUUCUAAUACAUGGAUGCAUGAAAAUGAUCUCAUGAUAACUGUUUCUUAUAGAAUAUGAUCCUGCUGUCAUUUGGAAAUUAUUCUAUAUAGUAAGUCAAAGAUUUGCACUGUGAGAACACUUAGGUUCAGCAUAUAUAAAAUGUACUCAUAACAAACAUUAUUUUAUUUAUUUAACUUUGAUUUCCCCAGUUUAGUCCCAUUGAGACCAAAGAUCUCUUUUACAAGGGAGACCCGACCCUUAAAGGUCUGACUGAAUUUAACUUGACCGGUGGAUUUGAGGGGUGAGCACAGGAGGUAGAGCAGGUCAUCUACUAAUGUAAGGUUACUUCAGUCUGCAUGCCAAUAUAUCCUUGGGCAAGUUUCUGAAUGCAUUCACCAGAGGGUAAAUCUUAAUCCUAAUCCUAUUUUGACUUUUGCGAUAAAUCUACUUCAUACAUGACGCUGGAACUAGAAACUCCAUUUAUCCCUACACCACAGCCUUCCACACCAUUCAGGUCGUUGUGGUACGUGUCGACUGAACAGUGGUUAUUUUUCUCGGGAAGUGCACGUCAGUUACGUAGAAGGUUGUUGUGUAGGUUUGAAAUGGGCUUUCAGUUAUGGUGUACGAUCUCAAAUAAAAACAAACUGUGAUAUUUAGGGUAUAAGUGAUGUACAUGUUGCCAUUAGAAUGCUUUUCAAUCAAAGUGAAUUACCCUGGGCUCUGUUUGUUUCAAAGAAACAUUGCUGAAGAAUUUUCAGAUAUUAUAUGGCUAUAAUUAUAACCGUAAUUUAUUAAGUGUUUGUUUUCAACAAAUGUUUAGGAAAAAAGUUUUAUUUGUCAUGU